AUGGCACUUUUCCCAAAGAGAUUGAUAUCUCGUUUAUACCAAUAUUCCCAUAUUAUGACUAUUUUCCUAUAUCUUGCACUAUUAGUUCGCUGGCUAAUUUUGCUACCAUUAGUUGGAUCCAAGUUUUUGCCGGGUGGGAUACAUGAGUUUUUAUGUUAUUUACUAGUUGGUUCUGGUACUGUUGAUUUAUUUUGGCGUUUGUGGUUUCAUGGACUCAUCAAUGGUAUAAUUUCUAAAUCCUUUGUUAAGAAUGCAAAUUUAAUCUAUAUUGUUGUAUGUCUUCAUUUUUAUGACGAUUAUGAACACUCUUUAAUAUUAAAAAAUGCAAGUUAUUCUAGUUUUAUUAUUGGACUAUCAAUAUCUCAAAUUUAUUCUCAUUGGACCCGUCUUUUUAAGACUGAGCCUGGUACAAAAAGGAAAACAGGAAUGUGGAAAUUCAAUGCGUACUGUAUGCUUCCAUUAUUAUACUUAAGCGAGUUUUACUUAUUAUUAUUAAAUGUACAAAAUUAUAAUUUUCAUACUACCCCAUUAUUAGAUAUUGUUAAUAAAGCUGUCCUAAUAACCUUCUUGCCAAUUUCAAUAACAUUUUAUAAAAACUAUUUAAUAUAA